AUGAGUGCUCAGACUCCACCCACACACCUGAAGCUGGCAUGGCAGGCUCUGCUGAGAAAUGAGACUUUGGACAUGUCGACUGUGGACAAACUGCCCAUGGAGCUCUUGCCAGCACUGUUCAAGGAGGCCAUGACUGGCAGACACACUACAACUGUGAAGGCAAUGGUGGCAGCCUGGCCUUUCCCCUGUCUCCCUGUGGGGGCAUUGAUGAAGACUCCUGACUUGGAAACCUUCCAGGCAGUUCUAGCAGGAGUAGAAACACGGCUGCAAAGAAAGUUUCACCCGAGGGGAAAACUUCUGGUUCUCUAGCUGAGUGAGAAGCAUCAUGAAUUCUAGAGCACAUGGGCUGGUGCAGAGGAUGGUGGUUGCUCAGCAGAGACCCCAGAUGUGCAGCAAGUAGUGAAGGUCCUUCCUAGAUAUGCAUUGAGGCAGUGCCUGAAGGUGGUAGCUGACUUUUACCUCAGGCCGCAUGAAGUGGAAGAACAAAGAUGCUUCUUGCAGUGGGCCCAGCAGAGAAAGGACUCUGUCCAGUUCUGCUGUUCAGAGAGGACCAUCUGGGCUCAGCCUGUCCACGCUAUCAAGGAGGUCCUGAAGGUUUUUCAUCCAGAGCACAUCCGGGAAUUUGAACUGAACACAGAUUGGAAUGUGCUUAUGCUGGCACGGUUUGCUCCCUGCCUGGGCCAGAUGAGAAAUCUUCACAAACUCUUACUGGCACCCCUCUCCAAGAAUGUCUUCAAGAUUGGCAACAGGACAACAGACAUGGAAGACAAGUGUAUCAACAAGUUCAUUUCUCAGUUCUCCAGAUUCAACUGUCUCCAAUACCUCUCCUUAAAGAGCAUCUACUUUCUCAGAGACCGCAUCAAUCAAGUCCUCAG